AUGACAACCGAAGGCGACGAACCCGCUGUCGCCCCGGACGCGGCGGCGAGCGGUGAAAAGAGCGAGAAACUUCUCAAGCGUGAAGCCGAAAAAGCCGCCAAGAAGGCGGCGAAGGACGCCGCGAAAGCGUCCAAAGCGGCCGCCGCCGAACAGCGCUCGCGGGGGCAAAACGCCGUCGUGAGCGUGCAGUGCUCGACGACACCGCCGGUCGAGCUCGAGGCGUGCAGCGGCACGCGCGAUUGGUAUCCCGAAGAGUUUCGUUUGCAGCGAUGGCUUUACGAAAAGUUUCGAGCCACUGCGCGAGCGACCGGGUUCGAGGAAUACGACGCGCCCGUGCUCGAGAGGCAGGAGCUUUAUAAACGCAAAGCCGGCGAGGAGAUUACGCAGCAAAUGUACGCGUUCGUGGACCAAGAUGGGGUGGAGGUGACGUUGCGACCCGAGAUGACGCCGACGCUCGCGCGCAUGGUACUCGGUCGCGCGCAGUCGAUGAUGUUGCCUUUGAAGUGGUUUUCUAUUCCGCAAUGCUGGCGUUUCGAGACGACGCAGCGCGGUCGUAAGCGCGAGCACUACCAGUGGAACAUGGAUAUCAUCGGGUGCAAGUCUGUGAGCGCAGAAACCGAGCUGUUGUUCGCGGUGUGCGAGUUCUUCAAGUCGAUCGGGAUCACGUCCGCCGACGUCGGCAUCAAGGUGAACUCGCGCAAGGUCAUGGCGAGCGUGUUGGAUUCAUACGGAAUCACCGCGGAAAAGUUUGCGCCUGUGUGCAUCGUGAUGGAUAAGUUGGACAAAAUCGGCGCCGAUGCCGUCAAGGCUGAGCUCGUGGACACGCAAGGAUUACCCGCGGAGACGGCUGCGAAAAUCGUAGAGUGUUUGGCGUGCAAGACGGUGAGCGACCUCGAGGCGCUCUGCGGCGAGGGUGCCGAUCAAACCGGCAUCGAUGAGUUGAAGAGGCUUUUCGAGCUCGCCGAAGAUUACGGCUACGGUGAUUGGCUGAUUUUCGACGCAUCCGUCGUGCGAGGUUUAGCUUAUUACACCGGCAUCGUCUUCGAGGGCUUCGACCGCGCCGGGGAGUUGCGCGCCAUUUGCGGUGGCGGUCGCUACGAUAGGUUGCUCUCUUUGUACGGUGCCGUGACCGAGGUGCCGGCGUGUGGUUUCGGCUUCGGCGAUUGCGUCAUCGUGGAGUUGCUCAAAGAUAAAGGAUUGCUCCCUGAGCUUCCCAAGUCGAUCGAGUUCGUCGUCGCCGCGUUCAACGAAGGCAUGCAGGGCAAGGCGAUGAAGGCGGCGUCGAUGAUUCGCGCCGGAGGUUCGGAUGUGGAUAUGCUUCUCGAGCCGAAGAAGAAAGUAGCGAGCACUUUUGAUUACGCCAAUCGUAUCGGCGCUCGAUACAUCGUCUUCGUCGCGCCGCAAGAGUGGGAAAACGACAUGGUGCGAAUCAAGGAUUUGCGCGCCGAUUACACGGACAAAGACGAAGAAAAGCAACUCGACGUCAAACUUAGCGAUCUCGGUAGGGUGUCGGAAGUAUUAGCGGCGCACGCGGCGGCGAUCGGCGCUGCGAACAAAAUGGGCGGAAUGGCCGUUUAG